AUGGCGUUGAAUUGGGCAAUGAUUGCAUCGGACGGACAGAAUCCAGUUCCACUUCCUCGAGAAAAAAUUAUAUUUAUUUCUCGACCAACGUUAUCUCAUUUCAAAUCUUUAAGUAUUCCCCUUUUAAAUUUGAAAGAAGGAAAACUUCAACAACCAUGGUUUGGAGCUAAUUAUUAUCAAGCCAUUGUAAUUCCAGUUCUUAACGGUGGACUUUCUUCUCCAGGUCAAAUGAAAAUUACUUUUAAAGAAGGAGGGGGAUUCGAGUUUAGUACAUAUUACAAUGAAAUGAUAUCAAGAUUAUCAGAGACAGAAGGAACUAUUCCUGAACAUGCAGAACCUUUACCAACUUAUACACCACGUGAAAAUGCCGAACAUUCUUCAUCACCUUUAACAGCAGCAGUAAGUACAGCAGCAGCAAGUACAGCAGCAAAAUCUAUAUCAACACCGGAAAUAUCAAAUAUUAAUAAUAAUGAGUUAUUACCAUCAACAACAACAUCAUCUUCAAUAGUUACUUCACCACAAUUAUUAUGA